AGCAAAGCCAAUUAUUAUUUAUAGUCACUUGAUCGUUAAAUAUUUUAGUAUGGUCGGGAAACGCGUGAUAUAAUAUGUUCAACAGAGACUACGUCACGGGCAAAAUCGCGGAUAAUCGCCAUUAAUUUUAACGUCUCUUCAGCGUUAAUGUGCAAUAUAUAUAAUAGAAACUUCGAAUUUCAUAUCAAUAAAAUCUGGACCCGUUGGAAUAUUAACAAAUCUAUAGCGCAUGUUUAUUCUAAUUGAAGGAAAGGCAUAGUAUACUUGCAUUAUUCGGUGUAAUGAGCACAAAAAUAUGGAAAUAUGGAAUUGGGAAAGAGGAAGAGCUCCAUAUUAAAGUUUUAGAGCUGAAGAAGCGCGAACGUGUUAGGUGAAUAGAAUUUUAUCAAUUAAUUAAAUGACAUCGAAAACUCUACGACGAAAACUAUUUAAAGGAAAAUACGAAUUGAACGAACAACAUGCUGGAUCACAAUAAAGGCAGUGAAAAUGUAACGUUUUUACCAAGAGAUAAACUAACACAAGGAAUCAUUGAUUUUACAGCGGGAUCAUUGGGCGGUGCUGCACAGGUUUAUGUCUCGCAACCUUUGGAUACUGUGAAGGUUAAGCAGCAAACUUUUCCUCAGCUUUAUAAAAACAUGUUUGAUUGCUUCAUCAAAACGUAUCGCACAGAUGGUAUAUACCGCGGUCUCUAUGCGGGAUCCAUACCAGCUGUUAUAGCUAAUGUCGCUGAAAACUCAGUACUAUUUGCUGCCUAUGGUGGUUGUCAAAAAGCCGUAGCCUAUGUUAUGAAAGUAGAAGAUACAAAGAAUCUAUCCAUUUUGGGUAAUGCGUUCGCUGGCUUCUUGGCGGCGUUUUUUUCUACGUUUACGCUCUGCCCAACAGAGUUAGUAAAAUGUAAGCUGCAAGCGUUAAGAGAGAUGAAACAACAAGCUGGUAAAAUUAAUGGUACUGGCAUUGGUGAAGCGAAUAUGACACCAUGGAAACUAACAAAACAAAUUAUGGAAACUGAAGGUAUACCGGGCUUCUUUAGGGGUCUUACUUCUACGUUCAUGCGUGAAAUGCCUGGUUAUUUUUUUUUCUUUGGCGGUUACGAGGGAACAAGGGAACUAAUGCGCAAACCAGGUCAAAGUAAGGAUGAUAUUGGGGCGUUAAAGACUAUGUUUGCCGGAGCUGUUGGUGGUGUCACACUUUGGACGAGUAUUUUUCCAGCUGAUGUUAUCAAAUCUCGCAUACAAAUCAAUAAUUUGAAACGUUCAAUGACUUCGGUGGGCUUAGAAAUUUUUCGAACCGAAGGUAUAUUAGCCUUAUAUAACGGUUUAUUACCGUCCGUAUUAAGAACGAUACCUGCGACAGCUACAUUAUUUUUGGUUUAUGAAUAUACUAAAAAAGCCAUAAACGGUCUAUUAUUAUAAUCAAUUUAAAUGCACAU